GGAGGACGCGCGGACUCGGAUCUUGCUGCUGUGUGGGCUCGGAUCGCUGGCUUCCCCCCCUCUCUCCCUCCGCUCUUCAUCUGUUCCCGGUUUGCACCUCUAAACCCUCUCUCGACUCCGUCCUCUCCCUGACCACUGGAAGUCUUCCCGUCUCUAAAUGGAAUUAGUGGAGCCUGGAGCCUCUGGUGUAAGGAACAGACAUGAUCUAUGGACGCAGUUUGUUUCACAUUGUAGCAAGUUUAAUCAUCCUCCAUUUGUCUGGAGCAACCAAGAAAGGAACAGAAAAGCAAACCACCUCAGAAACACAGAAGUCUGUGCAGUGUGGAACUUGGACAAAACAUGCAGAGGGAGGUAUCUUCACUUCUCCGAACUAUCCUAGCAAGUACCCCCCUGACCGGGAAUGCAUCUACAUCAUAGAAGCUGCCCCGAGACAGUGCAUUGAGCUUUACUUUGAUGAAAAGUACUCUAUUGAGCCAUCUUGGGAGUGUAAGUUUGAUCACAUUGAAGUUCGAGAUGGACCUUUUGGAUUUUCUCCAAUAAUUGGACGUUUUUGUGGACAACAAAAUCCACCUGUAAUAAAAUCCAGUGGAAGAUUUCUAUGGAUUAAAUUUUUUGCUGAUGGAGAGCUGGAAUCUAUGGGAUUUUCAGCCCGGUAUAAUUUCACACCUGAUCCUGACUUUAAGGACCUUGGAGUUUUGAAACCAUUACCAGUUCCACUUUUGUAUGUUUGUCUGGCAUCUCGUUAUUUAGUGUGUGAGUUUGAGAUGGGCGGCCCUGAAGGCAUUGUGGAGUCUAUACAAAUUAUGAAGGAAGGCAAAGCUUCUGCUAGCGAGGCUGUUGAUUGCAAGUGGUACAUCCGAGCACCCCCGCGAUCCAAGAUCUACUUACGGUUCUUGGACUAUGAGAUGCAGAAUUCCAACGAAUGCAAGAGGAACUUCGUGGCGGUGUAUGACGGAAGCAGCUCGGUGGAGGACCUGAAAGCCAAGUUCUGCAGCACGGUGGCCAACGACGUGAUGCUCCGCACAGGCCUCGGGGUCAUCCGCAUGUGGGCCGACGAGGGCAGCCGCAACAGCCGCUUUCAGAUGCUCUUCACAUCCUUCCAAGAACCUCCCUGUGAAGGCAAUACUUUCUUCUGCCACAGUAACAUGUGUAUUAACAAUACAUUGGUAUGCAAUGGACUCCAGAACUGUGUGUACCCUUGGGAUGAAAAUCAUUGUAAAGAAAAGAGGAAGGCCGGGCUGCUGGACCAGCUGACCAACACCAGCGGGACGGUCAUUGGCGUGACUUCCUGCAUUGUGAUCAUCCUUAUUAUCAUUUCUGUCAUUGUGCAGAUCAAACAGCCUCGUAAAAAAUAUGUCCAAAGGAAAUCGGACUUUGACCAGACAGUUUUCCAGGAGGUGUUUGAGCCUCCUCACUAUGAGCUGUGCACCCUCAGAGGGACGGGAGCCACAGCUGACUUUGCCGAUGUGGCUGACGACUUUGAAAACUACCACAAACUGAGGAGGUCCUCUUCCAAAUGCAUUCACGACCAUCACUGUGGUUCCCAACUGUCCAGUGCGAAAGGCAGCCGCAGCAACCUCAGCACGAGAGACGCUUCCGUCUUGACCGAGAUGCCCCCGCAGCCCGUCAAGCCCCUCAUCCCGCCCGUGAACAGGAGGAACAUCCUCGUCAUGAAACACAACUACUCCCAGGAGGCUGCCGACGCCUGUGACAUCGACGAGAUCGAGGAGGUGCCCACCACAAGUCACAGGCUGUCCCGCCACGAGAAAGCCGUCCAGCGGUUCUGCCUCAUUGGGUCUCUAAGCAAACAUGAAUCUGAAUACAACACAACUAGGGUCUAAAAAGAAAAUUCAAGAGAAGAACUAUUUAUACAAACAUGGGGACUGUGAAAAGGAAAUUCUAUAGUGAAUUGUGAAAAGUGGACAUAUUUCUAAAUUCAUUCCACUGCCUUUAUCCAAACUUAAGAAUUACAGACAUUUGUUAUUACUUCGGCAAGACCUCCCCGCUGCACAAUGAUAUGUUCAUUUCGUAAUUUGGUUGCAGGCCACCAAGUGCUCCUUAGUUUUUAAAUACAUUUUGAGAUUUACUGGAAACUUGAAGAAGAAAUUAGUUCCUGAUUGAGACUAUCCCAGCUUUAUUUUUCCUGUCGGUUUCACUUUGUUUCUAUGUUGCUUUAUGUCUUUGUUAGAUAAUUGUACAUUGUGUGAUAUGUGAAAAAAAACCCACACUUUUGGAUGAACUUUGUGUUACAUGUACAUUGUUUUCAUUAUAUAGACUGCUUGAGAAUAGUGCGUUCCUGAGUGAUUUUGAACAUGCAACAGUGAAAAGUGAAAAUAUGGACCGUGGAAACACCAGCUAGAGGUUUUAUGGACUAUAAACAUCUGUUGUUGUAAUAUCAUUAAAUGCAGCCAAAAGUACUAAGUAAAAUUACUAGAUUGCAAUAAGAAAAAUCUCAUUUUUUUUGUCUCUCCUAUAUACCCCCAUUUCCUUUUUUUUUUUAAUCAAAGGAAGAUUCCAAGUUUCAGAAAUAGUUUUGAAGUCAGGUAUUUUACCAUUCAUACCCUUUAAUAGAAAUGAUUUUUGAUUAAGCAUUUAGCAAUAUGACUGAUUGACAGUUUAAGAAAAUACCCUGCAUGUAAGUACUGGAUAUUUGAGUUGGAAAAAUAUUCUUUUUAUUAGACACAUUGUAAAAAGCAUGCAUUCUCUAAUACUGCUGUUAUUCUUCCAUUUCCUGUGUCACAUGCUUGCUCUUGUAACUUUUUAUAUAAAGAUAUAUAAAAAUGUAUAAUAAUUUCCUAA